AUGUCACCACAGCUGAAGGACAAGAAUGGGAGCGCUCGAUGUGUUUGGCAGCUCGCAUGCGACUCGGGCUGCAAUCAUGAUCUCAGGAAACUACCGCAGAACGCUACCCGCAAAGCGAAGCCGGCUCGUGGAGAAUGCGUGGGCCGGCCACAGCUGCCUACAGACCUGGAUGGCUACAGCCAGGGUGCCCUCCUCAUGGCGUGCGCGAAAGGGCUUCGCUGGACGCUGGCGCUGCGCCUGCUGCCCUGGCCCAAGCCUGCAGGGCUUACGGAUAGGUAG